AUGGGCUUAGAUGAACUGAGCGUUGCACAGCAGGAGCUGUUGCAUCCACUCAUCAAACUUAAGCGCAAAACGUCUCAGGAGUCACUUGGAAGUCUAGCAGAGCUAGUGAGCGACAUAUCUCGGCUUUAUACCGAGUUUGCGGAUGGCAUCCAUCAAUUAGAAUUAAAGGCCAACAACUUUUCAUUUCUUACGGGUGUAUCAAAUUUUAGUUCGUCUGAAGCGCUGCGUCAAAUUCGCGGCGAUAUACCCUGUUCUGAUGAUACGGUACACCUAAUAACUAAAGAGCAGAAAGGUUUGUCCGCCGUUUGGAUGGCAAUAUUCAGACUGCUGUCUCUCACUCGCAAAGAUGCAUCUCAAUUUGCUUCACUACUUACCCAAAGUGUUUGUGAUCCGUUGAUGGUAUUGUGCGAUGAGUUCAAUGAUGGGUUUAAUGAGCCGGUUGAUCAGCUUGAAAUGAACGAUGUCCUCAAUUUCAUACCGAAUCUGAAGACACUUAGGCUGACCCCGGCGUUCCACCAUUGCGGUGCACGUAAAUACGUGGAAAAUGUGCUAAAAGCGUACAAAGAUUUGCAACAUUCGUUGGAGAACGAGAAAGAGGUGGUUGGGGAUGCAGUUGGUAUCAAUGACGGAAAGUCGCAAGCUAAGGCAGUGAACAAAACGGUGAAGGCCAAGAUGUCGUUGGGAAAGCACAUUCAACAACUGUUUGAACAAGCCCCUGCGAUGAAGGUACUUAUAUCAAAAGGUGUGUCUCAAGACGUCAUUGAGCAAUUGGCUACACUUAAGCUCAAGAAGACGCCCCAUACAAUUGGAGAAAUCCAAAGUAACCCUGUUGAUUUUCACACGCGUUUCUGUUCUCUAGAGAAACGUAGACUAUCCAUGUUUUCUUCAUGUUUGCAGAUUUUGGUAGAAGCACUUGUGAAUUACGAGCGCGAUUCAUAUAACAACCUUCGUGAGUUAUAUCAGGCGAUAGUGGAGUUUUCACCUGAAGCCGAUUAUGGCCAAUUGGAAGCGCUUAUAUUGGGAGCGCGUGUAUCACACACAGCCAGGCAUUCACGGAUCUUUGAUGAUAAGUGGCUUCCAAAGGGGUUUGGGGAACUUGAAAAGUUCAAGGUUGGUAAACAGUCUAGCACAUCCCCCAUAUUACACCAACCGACCGCCAUUGGGGAUUUCAAUGAUGAUUCCGAGACCGUAGUUGAUGCACCGAUUAUUUCGCCAAGUGAUGGUGAUAUAAGAAGACAGGUUUCAAUGAGUGUUGGAGAUAUUGACGCAUCUAUCUCGGGCGCGGAAGGGUCGUCAAAACCCAGCAAAUUGCAGUCGUCUAAUGGAUUAGAGUCACAUAUAACUCCAGAUACACUCAGAACACCUAUGACAGGUACCUCAGAUGCCCUGGAACAGUUGGGCACGCUUACGGACAGGUCUACCGACGGCGUAACAAAUGGUACUGCUGUAUUGAGCUCUCACAGCAAUUUGGAGGGUUCCGUAACAGUUGAUCAUGUGCCUAUUGCAAAAUGGGAUGUUUACCCAGAUGGAGUUAUGCAGCCUGCCAAUGAGUCUCAUCUGCCAUCUACUCAGAUUGUACCAUCCGUCCGAUUGGCUGGGGAAAACGGCAAGGGAUCAGGAUUGGUAAUUAGACAGUCAAAUGUGAUAGGAAGGAAUCACGGAGAUUGUGAAACAUCCCGAGACUGUUCAAUCGGAAAAGUGGUCACAUCCCAGGUUGACAACAUGUAUGAGUGCGUGCUUCGUUGCGGCAGGGAUAAUAAAGGUGACCCUGCGAUCCGCCGCAGCAGCAGUGCCCUACCUUGUGAUGUGCGCAAUCUAUCAAUUCCACUGUAUAAGGAUGUAAAACGUGACAAGAAAAAGGACGAGUAUUCCGAAAAUAAGGAUAACCACAACAGUGAACAACUUGGAUCCGAAAAAAAACGAGGGAAUAAAAAGUAUAAAGAUACGGACUUUGCAUUGCCGAAUAUGAAGAACGACAAUGAAACUGUUACGAAUAAUCCUGAAGAACCCUUUAAAGGCGGUAUCACUUUCGAUUUUGAAACAUUUAAGACAGCUAGGGAAGUCCUGUUGGCAACUCUUCGGAGAUCAGAUUCGUAUUUCCUCGGGUUGUACCGUGAUUAUAAUAUGCAAAUAAAAAAGCCUUUCAACACUUUUGUUGAUGAGAUAAACCCAUUAUUGGAGGAUGGCCAAUUUACUUUUCCGUAUCCUUUUGAAUUGUCAUCCCACAUGACAGCGAAAUCGUCUAAUGGAAAAUUAUUUCAAUCGUCGGCACCGGAGCUGUUUUCUGAUACAACUUCUACUUAUAUGGAGGCUUCAGAUUCCAUAGGAAACGAAUAUAACGCUAAUAUUCGUCGAAUAAUGCAGCUUCCAUACAAAUUUGACGGGUCUAUGGAUAUGUGUCAAUGGAACAUUUUCGCGCUCGAGUCAUUGCUGUUGUUGCACAAACAUCUAUCAAGCUUUCUAACGCACUCUUCUCUCUCAAACGAUGCUAACAGCACCAUGAAAGACUUUUUGCUAAGAAAUUUGGGAAUCAUAGAGCAUCUCGUUACCCGAAUACGUAAUUUCAUUGAGGUAUUCAGAAAUCGCAUAAACAUUAGUCGACAACAUUUCGCAGUUUUGGAUCUUGUCCUAACACCAAGGAAUUCGUUUGUGAAUACAAGCCCAAACAUCAGGAUACAUCCAAUGGAUGUACGUUAUAGGAUUUUGCUUCUAAUUGACUCGUUGUAUAAGAAUGACGUGGCCCUUGGUAAUGGCAUAUUAUUCGAUUUAACAGAUUUCCAUAACUUUUUACACAGACAACUUUGUGUGAUAAAACUGUCGUUCACCCAGAAGCUAGCACGUGUGAUUCGUCGCAUACCUGUGCUUGAUGGUGACUUGGAUUCAAGAUGGCGACGUGCGCUGGAAUCGGUAGAUCCAGUGACAAUUCUGGAUUUAAAAUUCACCUUUAAAGACAGUGCAGAUGUGGAGCAAAUAACCAAUCAAAUUCUGCUUUUAUUGUGUGAAUGUAUAGGUCGACUAAAUAAUGUCCAACGUGUUUUAGAGCAAGGUCAGUGGGGAAAGGAUAUAGUUUGUGAUUCUAAUUACACGAGCACGCAUGAUCAGCUCAUACAAUUGGUUAAACGAACUGUGGAGCUGGAAGAUCUUGAUAAUACUUUAAUGGGUUUACUAGGCAUGCCUGAGAACUCACAGUUUGCUUCAACGCUUAACGGAAGCUGUUAUACGUAUGCGUCAAAUCCCGUGGACGCACCACACGGAUAUGAGGCUUGCAAGCCAUGUUUAGAAUCUACGUUUCCAGAAAGAGGCAACUCAUUUGGAUUUUUAUAUGGAGGUCGUGAUACACCAAAAGCGCUCAAGGUUCCAAUUUCAGACGCCGAUGCGUUUUUCUGUACCUCUAUGUCUAUUUUUGAUGAUGAGGAUAUUUCAGUUUUAAAACGGGUUAGUGGUAGAAGAGGCUGUUUUAAUAGGUGCAUUUCUCGACGCAGUAGUCGGCACAUCGACAUGGAAGAUACCGUCAUAAAUCCAUACUUUUUAUGCUCAAUGGAAGCUAUAAAACUGUCUCGUUGUUGGAAACUAGAUGAUUGGAUAAUUCUUCGAAUCGCAUCGUGUUAUCAUUGCUGUUUUGCCGAAAAUCUCGCUUUCAGCGAUUGGUCUACAAAUUUCACAACUAUUGAGUAUGUAUUAUAUUUUAUAUCCACCGGAUCUUUGCUGAACUUCCGGCUAUUCAAAGAACCCCACAACGAGGGGUAUACCAACAUUUGCACUCUGUUUAAUGCACUAUUGAGCGUUUGUGCCAUGCAUAAUAGGUGCAGUGAAGCCCCCACUUAUCCAUCAACAGAGAGUUACUUUAGGGAAGAGACAUCCAAUAAUGGCCGCGUAGAUAAUGGAGGGAGCAUUGAACACAAUUUAUACAAGGAUGUAUUUACAUUACUGCAAGUGCCACAUAAUGUUGCUGUUUUACCCAAGGUGCUUGGUGAUGUCGAUUUAUACUUGACUAUAGACAUGAGAGAGGCCGCUUCGUGCUUCAAGAAAGUGCACAACACAUAUGGAGUACCACCUUACUCUUCUCUUCAGCAUUCUGAUCUACUCUCAACGGAGAACUUGAACGACCGCUUUUCGGCGACGAAGGUGCAGAUAGCUGGAAUGCAGCUAAAUCGUGCAGGAUACAAGGUAUAUCGCCUAGUGUUGGAUUCUAUCUGCUACAACAUACCAAUGAUGACCACAUUGAGGUGUAGGGAUUCGAUGUCUCUGGUUAAUAGUUCUUCAUGCGAACAAUUGGUGACUAGCGUUUUGGUUUUACGGGUGCUUACUCAAAAAUUCCGACGAAUUGUUCUUGAACAAUUGCUACACUUCAAUGCGGAAGAAGGGGUAAAAACCUUGUCAUAUAAGCUAUCAACAUUUGUUCUCAUAAAUAGGUUGCUAUUCCGGAAUGAGCUUGAAAUGAACCCAAGUGAUGGGGGCCCCUUGGAUUCACAUUCUUUGCUUGAGGCGAAUAGAGGUGGUCUUAGUAUGGAUUCCAUUUUGCGUCGCGUGGUGUUCGAGCACGCGAAAAGUGUAGUUGUCGCAUCUUUCGCAAGAUUGGACGCUUUUAAGAUCGACGAUAUUGACACGCUUGGUGCUACGUGUAUCGACAAUAUUGUCGUUACAAUAAAAGAAUAUUUAAUAUUUGCCGCCGUUUGGGAUGACUUUCUGCCAUCGGGUGACUUCGCGACCUUGUUCACAAAUUCUUGUAUUCAUUUCAUAAAGCUGGAGAUACAGAAGCGAACAAGUAGACUUCUGGAUGUUUGUAAAGUUAUGCCCUCGGUGCAGAAGUUGCGCCUCCUGCAGCGUGAAGUAGAAACUUCACGGCUUAUAAAAACAAAUGGAGAAACGCAACAGAAUGAUUUGUUAAAAGUUCUUCAAUUUUCUUUUAAACACACUGGUGCUUUAGGCCGAGAACUAUUGGCCGAGCAUUGCGAUAUAAUGGAAAUCAUAGGCAUGAGUGAGCUCAAUAAGCGCCUUGGUACAUUCAAAGAUAUCGUCACGCGUGGGAUGAAGAACGAAGAUUGGAAACGGCUUGGGUCGCAGUAUCAUACACGUGCCGUUGUGGACAUGGCUACGGUGCUUAACGCCACGCUCAACGCGACCCUGAGCUUGCGAGUACCCUUAGAAAAUCUGCUGGUGCCCCUUACGAGUUCACUGGAAAGUGUAUUAAACCACUACUUGAUUACAGUGGCUGGUGCAAAAGUGGCAGAAACCGUUGAUCAGGCCUUGUCUGCACUUCGCAAUGAGUCAGGAUCCGCUGUGGAGAUUGUUAAGAAGUUGGGAAACGAUGGAGACAUCGAUAAGACCUUAUUACAGAUGGGAAAUGUGUUAUACCUUGGUAAUUAUCUCACCAAUUGCCAGGACAGUAUAUUACAGUAUUAUCAUGCCAUGCUAACAGAGCGCUGUGAUGGCAGCGAUGAGAUACACCGUCACUUGUCGACUGAUGUAUAUCGUGAUUCCAGCAAAUUCUUCAGUUUUGAUUUUGAGAGCUUUCUGGCAAUGAAGGAGUUGGCGCUUGUUCCUGCUUCUAAAAGGCUAAUUCAGCGACAAUGCGAAUACCACUUACAGACCCUAGCGCGUUUGUGCGGCUUGAAAGCGCUACAUCCCAUAUCAGAACAGCUUUACCAACCAACAGUUGCGCAGGGCAAUCGUUUCCCGCAAUUUCUGGAUCUUAUAGAAGAUGAACUUAGCAAAUUACUGGAUGUGUUGACAACCAACAGUAUUCGUUCUGUUCAAUUGGAUGAGGGCCUUAAUGUUGAUGGUUAUCUUUGGAAUUUCACAGUGUUGCGACUCCAGCAAGCUGAUUAUAACGGCAACUUGCUUAGUGAUAUAGCUGCUUGGCAGUUCUAUCGGGAGAGGGGCAGACUUGAAACCGCCAGUAGCACGCAUGUGCGGGAUUUGUUUAUUUACAACGUAAUGCGUGAUCUGCCACGUAUUGUGUUCUGCAGAAACAAAAAGAAAUUUUUUAGGGAAUUCGGUUCGACAAGCCAUCUACAGAUUCCGGAGAUUCGCCAUCAGUUAGUUUUAGAGAAAACUCGGCCAAGUCUUCUACACGUAACAUCGGUUGAUGCCGCUCCACGUGCCUCCAAUAACGAACAGCUUGUUAUCGGCAUACUGGGCGUAGACAGGAAAGGUGAUAUUUCCAUAAAGGGCACAUUGAGUCAAUUACGCCUGGUAAUAACACCUGACACGGUAAUAGAGCAUGGUAUAUACUGCCAUAGCUGCACCGUCAUUGUACGUGGCGUAAUGGAUUCUUAUAAGGAUGCAAUAAGAUGCAUUGAAAUAAGGCAUCCUCCUCCUAUGGUAAAAACAGAAAUACCAGAUUUCUUUGGAGGCAAUAUAUCAUUGACGGAUCAAUGUGUUUUUGAAUCACGAAUGUCCCUUUUAAAGGAAGGGGGAGGAUCUGAACGCUGGGUGGUUAUCGCAGACUUACACCUGGACGUUAAAGGUGCCGUAGAUUCGUUUGAAAUGCUCUUAGACACGUUUUUGGAUAUGUACCAGAGUCAAGGAUUUCCCGCGGGAUUUAUCCUCAUGGGGAAUUUCAUGUCCAGCGGAUUCAACGUAGCCGGCAGCAUCCCCGAGAAAUAUAAUCAGGGUUUCGAACGCCUACAAAUGCUACUGCUGAAAGCAAAGUUCAGGGUGUUGUUAAUGACGUCUUAUUUCGUUUUUCUCCCUGGCCAGGGUGAUGCAACAGCUUGCAGUUCGCUGAUGCCAAUACCGCCGCUACUCCGCGAGUUUACGUCACAUUUCACAGAUCGCAUGAAAAGUCACCUGGGAGACCAUGCGAAAAUAGUUUAUGCAACCAACCCAUGCAGGGUACGGCAUCUGACUAAGCGGAUGUUAUUUUGUAGGAGCGAUUUAUUAAACAAAUUACUCUGCAGUUCUCUAUUGACUAGUGGCACAGUUCAAAAUAAAACAUCUCCGUCGGAUCUCAAGAGGAUGUUGGUUACCACAAUUCUAGGUCAAGGACACCUCUGCCCCAACAGACCAGGUUACAGCACUAUUGUGAAGCAUGACGCCGCACUCCUCUUGUACCCAAUGCCGGACCUUAUUUGUAUAGGUAUUGGGCUGGACUGUGGCGGGGCCCGUGUGCCAGGAUAG